GCGGCUAGAAAGACUGUAUGGGAGGGCUUGUGGGGAGGGAGGCGCAUACCUGCUGUUGCUCUUAUGUUAAUGCUUAAUAGGUCUCGUUGGCAACAGUGAUCAUCUUGCUUGUAGGGGACUAAAGACAGCGUGGGUGAGGAUAAAGGAGUAAGAGAAAUCCAAAGAUAGAGAACAUUAUUACUGGUGGCAGUUCUCCUUUAAGUAACUGUGGCUCUUUUUUAAGUCAUACAUGACCAUAGCAGGAAUGAGGAGUUCUGCGUUAGCCAGAGCUCAGGCUCAGCUAUCUGGAAAGAGAGUUCCUGUGAAACCGAAGGAUUCUACAGAUGAACUUAAGGAGUAUAUGAAUGCUCUGAAUAAGAAGGCAAAUGUUUUAAAACUCUCGCAACCAUCAAUUGCAGAUCUUAAUGAAUCUGUUCUGGAAACAGAGCAGGAUAAAGGCACUGAGAGCCCUCAUCAGGCUUCUGGCACACAGAGCAGAUUUUUGAAGAAGAAGCCACCCAAUGAAAACAAACCUAAAGUAACAAAGAGCACUGAAAUUGCAACAAAGGGAACUGCUCUGGUUACCCAUUUAGCUCCUGUUAAGUCUAAAGCACCAACAAGUGCAGCACUCAGGAGACUGGCAGAAUUUGAGGAAAGGCACAAACUGAGAAAACAGGAGUUAGACAAUUCUGAGAAUGAUUCAGACCUUAGGAUUUCCGAUGAAAGGCCCUUUUCAGCCAGGUCCAGCAGUGAACUCAGUGCCAGAGGGUUUAGGUUCCUGAAGAAAAAAUCUGAUACAACAGACCCAGAACCUAAAAAGAGGGAACCUCCUAACUGGAGCAGACCAGGAGAUGGCAGAAGGGUGGCCCUGGAGAGUGAGGAAGAAGAAAUUCAUCAGCUCGUUGGGAGUUCUGUGGAGAUGUCAGAAAGUACUGAAAGAUUAUGGAAAGUCCCGAAACCACCAAGAACACCAUCUCCACCCAGCAAAGGAACGCCACGCAGAAACCUGCAUCGCAGCCCCUCCGCUUUGGGAUUUACCUCUCCACGUCAGACCCCUUCUCGAUACUUUUCCAGGACCCCUUCUCCACCAAGCCACAGAGCACGUAUGCCUCUACACAGUGCACGAUCCCUUUCUCGCCUUGGUUCCAGAUCUCCAUCUCCAUCAAUAAGGAGCUCUGUCACCAAUCACUCCUUUUCCCCACGGGCCAGGCUGAGCAGGCGAAGCCGAACUCCUAUGUCCCAGAGGAGUGAUCUCAGAUCCCUUGAUGAGCUGUUCUCCAGAACAGAGGAUGUGAGCAGUGCCAGCUCAAUUGAUUUUAAAUUAAAUAUUCUAAGCCUUGACGACUUGGCUCCUGCUUUAGACACCCAAAAAGUAGAAGAAGAGGAAAGGGGUAAUAAUAAUUAUCCAACUGACCGUAAUCUGCAUACUGCUGCUAUUGAGAAGGGACCUGUGCAGUCAAAGAAGGUGCAACCUUUAGUUCAGCCAAAGUCUAGCCAUGAGAAGUCUGCCGCUGCUGAAGUAGAGACUGCAAAUGAGGAUUCAGAAAUCUCUGAAUAUCUGCUAAGUGAUCUGUCUGUUUCCCAUGAGCGCCAUUCAAAGCCAGAACAUAAAUACACAGUUCAGUCUGAUUACACUGAUGAUUUUGAAGAGUCCAUGCACACUGAAACCUCUAAAAGUAUUCACUCAGAGUCAGACUCAAGUGCUUCCCUCACAUCCUCCUCCAGAAGAGGGGGGAGCUCUCCGCAUGGAUCCUACACCAACCGCAGCAAACAUCAUCAAACCAAAAGAAGGGCUGACAAAGUACAGAAAAUAACCAUAAAAGAGACAUGGGUGCAGACUAGUGAACCUGAACUUGGUUAUUAUUGGCCACUUGGAACCAGUGACCUCAGGCUCUCAUCAGCACCAGUUUUUCUAGAACCGGCCUCAAUAGCUAGGCAUGCAGUCAGCCCUGAGGUAAUUGAAUCUUUGACCACAUAUAGCCCAAUGGCAUUGGCUCUGAAUGACAUGUUAAAGCAACAGCUUCUCCUAACCCAGACAUUUGUGGAUAUGGCCCGCCAACUGCACCUCUCCACAGUGAGGUCCCUUGAAGCUGAGGUAUACCACUACACUACAUUGGAGGAUACUAAGAAGUAUAUCAGGCAUCAGAAGUCUCUUAAGAUGAAGCAAGAUAUAGACAUAAGCACAGAUCAGGCCCUUGCUUGAGACGGCACAACCUGAGAAUGACUGACGUGGGAAUGUUAAGCUUUACAAAUACUGCACAGAAGAUUAUUUUGGAAGGACUUGCAGUGAUUAUAAUUGUAAUAUAUAUAUUUGUGCUAUUUUUAAGAGCACUUGUUUGCAUUUUUAUACUAUUCAUUGUAUUUAUAAAAUAAACACUUGGCUCUUUAUUUA